AUGGCUGAGUUAUCUGUUGGCCAUGUAGUCACUCUGACCGACGGUCGGCCGGCCACCGUGCGGUUCGUCGGGACUACCCAUUUCGCAGCUGGCGACUGGAUCGGCGUUGAGCUGGACGAUUGCACGGGGAAGAACGAUGGCGCGGUUCAAGGAGAGCGAUAUUUCGAAUGCGAACCGGGGUUUGGCAUGUUUAUUCGACCUUCUGCUGUCGCCGCCAUUAUCGAACAGCCCGUGCGAGAGACGAAACCACCCUCCAAAGGAAACACCAAUGCCGCCCAAGCAAGCAGAGCCCGAGCUCAGACGGGUUCAACAGCAAACAGUAUCACGAUGAAACGUCCUGGCGCUUUACCGACAACCAAUGUCAAGAGACACAGCGCCAGCGCUGCGAGCACCUCGCCGACCUCGAAGUCCGCAUCCCAGCGGACAUCCACGAGAGUACGGACUGGGCCAGGCGCGCCAUUGACAAUGUUCAUCGCUGACAUAGGACAGGUUCAGUCUCCCAUAAAGUCGCCGAAUAAAUCCACACCAACCCCUGCCGUACCUCUCUCCUCCACUCGUGGGUCGAUUAGUGGCCCCUCGUCGCGGCCGUCGACAGUGGCAUCUCGAAGCCGCCCUCCAUCUGGAGCGAGGACGUCCAUGCCUCCUCCUUCCGCGCCCUCCUCCGCGCCCCGUCAGUCUCGACCUUCCAUAUCAGGACCCUCAAGCAAGGCAACUAGACCAAGCCUUCAAUCCGGAACAGCCACGGCUCCUGGACAUUUCAAACGACCGGCAUUGCGGCCAACCGCUUCCAAUAAAUCAUCCAAUGAAACAGAGGUCGGCACAAGCGGGGAAACGGAGGAUCCAGAAAUUGACCUUGAUGUCGACGAUGCGGAAGUGGAUGAGAAUGAAGGGUCGUCGCGAAGGUUGCCCGAGAAGACCCCAGGCUCGGCAAGACCAGCGGCCGGUCGUCCUAGCUUAACUUCUUCCUCACAGCGACCAGCGCAGAACAAUUCUGCCCCAGCUGGUAGAGACCUUGACGAGAUAAAGAUGAAGCUCAAGGUUAUGGAAAAGAAGCGGGCAGAAGAUCGCGAGAAAAUGAAGACCCUCGAGAGACUGCAAUCGGAAAGGGAUAAAUUCGAGGCCAUCAUCCAGAAGCUGCAAGCCAAAUACCAGCCGCAACAGCUCGAGAUCGGUGAUUUGCGCAAGAAAUUGAAAGAGACAGAGGCAAAGCUGGAGGAAGUAGAACGCCUCCAGGCGGAGAAUGAUUCCAUCCUGGAGAUGGCAGCGCUAGACCGUGAGAUGGCCGAAGAGACAGCUGACGCGUUCAGGCAUGAAUGUGAGCUGCUACGAGCCCGGGUGGAGGAACUGCAACUGGAGCUUGAUAUCCUUAAGGAAGAAAAUGAAGAGCUUGGUCAGACAAUGAGCCCUGAGGAAAGAUCCAGUCAUGGGUGGCUUCAAAUGGAGAAGACAAAUGAGCGUCUGCGCGAAGCUUUGAUCCGCCUCCGUGAUAUGACCCAGCAACAGGAAUCGGAUUUAAAGGAUCAGAUCAAGGAGCUCGAGCAGGACCUGGAAGACUAUGCCACCAUCAAGUCCCAAUACGAGUCGACGAAAGAAAAGCUGCUUGUAUCCGAGGACAAUGUCGAAGAUCUCAAGCAGCAGCUCGAGACAGCGCUUGGUGCCGAAGAAAUGAUUGAAGAACUUGCUGACAAGAACAUGCGAUAUCAGGAAGAGAUCAACGAACUCAAGGCUGCCAUCGAUGAUCUGGAGGCUUUGAAAGAGGUCAACGACGAACUUGAGUACAACCACAUCGAGACAGAAAAGCAGCUUCAGGAAGAGAUCGACUAUCGUGAGGGUCUGUUCAAUGACCAGUGUCGAAAGAUCUCCCAGCAGGAUGAGGUCAUUGAAGAUCUGGAAUACACUUUGGUCCGCUUCCGGGAGCUGGUUUCGACCUUACAAGGAGACUUGGAGGAUAUGCGAGCUUCUCAACAAAUCUCAGAAGCCGAGGCGAACGAUCUGACGACGCGGUCCCGAGCCAUGAUAGACUUGAACAUGAAGCUCCAAGCGUCGAUCUCCAAAACGCAGACAAAGACAAUCGACAUUGAACUCGCCCGUAUGAGUGCAGAGGAAGACAUACAGCAUCUGUCCAUCGUAAAGUUAUAUCUCCCGGAAUACUACGAGGGGGAGCGAGACUCGAUUCUUGCCCUUCUGCGCUUCAAGCGGGUGACCUUCAAAGCUUCUUUGAUUAUGAACACGAUCCGUGAGAAUAUCUCCGAGCAAGCCUCCAUCGCGACAUCACCUGAUGAUGUCUUCGUGGCAUACGAUGUGUUUGAGAAGUUACUCUACAUUUCAGGUCUUUGCGAUCGCUUCGUCACAUAUAUCACGAGCUGCCCAACAGAGAGCUUUGACAGUAUCAGGGGGGCAUUGUUCGAGAUGGAGCCGGUGGAACGGACCUUGAAUUUCUGGAUAGAGGGCUUGAAGAAGAACGAGGUUAACUUGCGCAAGUGCGCUAUCGAGCUGCAAAGAUCUAUCGCUCUUGUCUCCCAUCUUGCAGAGACCCUUCUACCUGAUUCGCUGGAGGCUUUUGCUGACGAGCUUUGUAUGCGUUCAUCGUUGACACAAUCAUAUAUGGACCAUGCUGCAUCUUGCAUGGCACGGCUGAAGUCACUGCUGCAAUCGGAGAUUAAGAUUCCCGAAGAGGGUGGUGACGAGGAGUGCACUUUUCUUCUCAAUAAGAUGGAUGGGUUCGUGUCCCAAGCUCGCGGUCUGAAGGUUGCGUUGGGCAAGGUUCAUAGGGCGCUUGAAGACUUGCGAUUACGGUCACUAUCCCUAUCCCAAGAUGUUGCUGGACCCUUCAAGAGCACCGAAGAGGCUGCCAGAGACCUUUCCGCGUUGGCACGCCAGCUGGGGGAGAACAUUGCGCAGCUUAUUGGCGAGGAGGCCCGGACUGAAGCUCUGACUGUCGCAGAGGCAUUGACAACAAUGUCCGAGACCUCUGCAAGCUAUGCAUUACCCUCUGAGACUGGAAGUGAGAGCAAGGAUACCAUGUCACUCCUCUACAGCAGAUUGCGCAGCCUCACUGGCUCCCUCGAAGAACUAGAUGCAGUCUCGUCGGAUCUGUCAAUCACGACCGAAUUCGAAAGGCGUCCCUCGCCGUGGAUUGCAAGAGCUGCGGAGCUCAAGUCGAAUAAGACAAUCUCUCCAGAUGUGGAUGAGGAGAUACGUCGACUCAAGAACGAGAUCCAUGAAGCAUCGACAUCUCUCGGUGUCAAGGACAAAACGAUUGAGGAGCAAGCCCUUCGAGUGGAGCUGGUUGAAUCCAGAAUGCGCGAGGCGAACAAGAAAGCAUCCAUGGUCAAAGACCUCGAGAGCAAGAUUGAGCAACUGCAAGCCAAGGGGGCAGAACUCGAGGGGCUCCUCGGACAACAGCGCAAGGACAUGCAAGCGCUGGAGGCAGAGCGAGAAGACCUCAAGACUCGACUCGAGCGGGUCAAACGGCUUUCCGGCACAACCGGAGUCUCGACGACGACAGACGGGGUCGUCAUCGACAACAGCAUCUCGCUGGCCGCCAUGCGCGAGAACGAGGCUCUUCGCGCAGAAGUCGAAAGCCUCCAAGCGGCCGUCCGUUUCCUCCGCGAAGAGAACCGGCGCGCCAACAUGCUCGACCCGUACUCCGUCCGACGCGCGGCGGAAAUGCACUCCUGGCUGGACGUACCUCUCACGAAGUCGUUCCCGACGCCUCAACAGGACAAGGCCCAGCAGACCGCGUCGGAAAGCAAGGACGUCUUCGCGCAUCUCCUCAAACUAACCAAAGACACGAGCAUCUGCGACCUCAAAUCCACCAUGUCCCAGGACAGCGGGAACCGCGUCGGCUGGCGCCCGUCCAAAGCCAAGCUCCGCUACCAAGUGCUCCAGCAGCGCGAACACUACGAGCGCUGGGCCGAAUGGAAGGACGACAUUGUUCGACACGAGAGAGAGCAGGAUAGGCUGGUCGCGACGAAGAAGGAGCGAGUUUCCCGCGAGCGGUCUCAACGGCAUGUUCCGCGUACCUUGAUGCACGGCGAGUUUCUCAAAGGUCCAGGACAUGCAGUGAUGGGUACUGCUUGGCAGAUGCUGGGAAUGGACCAGCACAGUCGCAAACCCGUCGAGCAUCCAGUUGAACCUUCCGUGGCGCCCUCUUUCUGA